AUGUCGUCCCCCGAAGCAGCCGGCCAAAAUGAUCCCUCCCAGUACCUCGUCUCCUUCGGCCCCGACGCCAACUGCACCCUCGCCCUAUGCCCCGUCGAAGCCUCCCUCCAGGGCUACCGGCCCGCCCUCGGUGUGCAAAUCGCCUUCAUCGCCCUCUUCGGCGUCUCCAUGCUCAUCCACCUGGCCCAGGGCAUCCGCUACCGCACCUGGUUCUUUGCCAGCAUGAUGGCGCUCGGCUGCAUCGGCGAGAUGAUCGGUUACGGCGGGCGCGUUUUGCUGUACCAGAACCCCUUCUCCUUUGACGGCUUUAUCAUCGAGAUCUGCUGCAUUACAAUCUCGCCCGUCUUCUUCGCCGCCGCCAUCUACGUCUCGCUCGCCAGGGUCUCGAAUUUUUUGGGCCCCGAAGCGUGCAGGUUUCCGGUCAAGAUAUACGUGUGGGUGUUUGUGCCUUGCGAUAUCGUUAGUUUGAUCUUGCAGUCCGUGGGCGGCGCGUUAUCAUCGAGUUCGGUGGGAAGUGACAAAUCGGGCGAGUACAUCACGCUUGCAGGUCUGGCGUUCCAGGUCUUCACUCUUACUGCCUUCACCGCUAUGGCGUUAGACUACCUCUUCCGCUACAUCUCGUACCGUAAAUCUCAGCAAGUGGAUCAACGCCGGAUCCUCUCGACGCGCCUCGAGAUCUUUGGCGUUUUCUUCUCGGCAUCUAUUCUCUUUAUCCUCAUCCGUUGCUGCUACCGUAUUGCCGAGCUCGGUCAAGGAUACAGUGGGUCAAUCUUCCGCAAGGAGGGUCUGUUUAUUGGGCUAGAGUCGGUAAUGGUGAUCCUGGCAGUGUUCGCCUUAAACAUUGCUCAACCAGGCUUCGCAUUCCAGAACCGCACUGAGGAGGCCUAUACAACCUAUGGUAACAAGGUUGAACACGAACCCAGCUCCGAGCAAAAGGCGUCAAAGGCCGCCAACAGCCCGGCAAACGCACCAACCUAG